GAAAAAACAAGAACCCGAAUCGAUGCACAGGGUUUUUCUCAGCCUCUCUUUCUCUUUCUCUCUCCCUUCUCUUGUCCAGGGUUGUUUUGCUUGUUGAUUUUCUUAUGCCAUGGUCAUGAGCUAAGUGCGCGCGCUCAAGGGAAACGAUCGUUCCAGAGAUUUACGCUGAUCAGAACUUUUUGGUUGGAUCACACUGCUUUGGGUUUUUAUUUGUAGAUUUCUGUUGCCGGAAAUGUUGAGACCCUUUUCGCUCUUUUGAUUUUAUUUUUUCAUAUCAUUUGUUGGAGAUAUCGGUGGCUGUCUGCUUUUAGAAGAAUAUGAGAUUUCAAGGAAUGGGUUUUUGCUCUAGAGUAGAUUUGUUUGUUUAGUGGGUCUCUUGUCCGCCUAGCUUUUGGGAGGAAUGAUUCGUGUGCUUCUUUUUUGAGUUUGGUUUGUGAAGUUACGGCUUGACAAAGGAUGGAGAAAGAAGGUGUGUGUGAAGAAGAUAACAUCAAGUUAAGUGAUCAGAUGUACCCUGAUGAGCCUUUCUGCUCCGAGGUGAAAACUGAAACCAUUGCUUCAUCUCAGAGAUACGAAGGAGGCGAGGGGAGUAAUGUGGUUUUUCCCAGAGACGCACCUUUGAUAGGAAAUGAUCCUGCUGGUACUAAUUCAGGCGAAUGCUGCGGUUGUAGCGCUAAGAAACUACAUUUCAAAGGGAGUGAUGAUCUCGUUGAGAUCGAAAAUAUUGGGCAGCAGCAGCAGAAAAAGCUUAAUAGGCAAGAAAGAAUCGAGUUGGGUCGACUCUUCCAAGGCGCUGUUACCUCACUCGAUUGGGAACUUGCUGAGAGAUUGAUUCAGUUGGCUGAUCAACAAACUUUGAAUGAUUUGUUGUGCAUUGGUCUUGAUUCAGUUUGGUUCUUGAGUACAAAGCCUGAGUUUCUGGGGACCACAGGAUUGAUUAAGAAGAUCAUAUGUCAUGGUGCUCAUGACUUUACGAGAGCUGCACUUAGGACUUCGUUUCUUGCUUCAUGUGUCUCUGCUUGCCAGAGCCGGACAAUGAGUCUUGCUGAUACAGUUACUGUUAUGGCUCAAAGGUUGCAUGAGCGUCUCCAAGAGUGCAAUGGGGAUGAGAUUCUGAAAGCAGAGGCUGGUGCCAAAGUUCAGAAGUUCACUGAAUGGGCUCUCAAAUGUAUAGGUUUCCACUCCCGAUGCCAGGGAGCAAGGGGUAGGGUUAGCCAAAAUUCAGCUGCGGAGAUUGAAUUACAGCUUUCUGCUUUCAAGAUGUUCUUAGAUCUAGCAGGAAACCAUCUCUCAGGAAGAGACUUCACUGAGGCCUUCGAUGCAGCUUGUUUCCCCCUUACUCUGUUCUCGAAUUCGUUUGAUCCUGGUUGGGCAUCUGGGAUAUCAGCUACUGUCAUACAGGGACUGCUUGGUAUGCUGGUUGAAGGUGGUGCAGAUAACGUGAAUCAAUGUUUCCUUGAAGCUUCACGUUUUGGUAGUACAGAACUUGUCCGUGUCUUGUUGCAGAUUGCUCAAAGGAACAGCUUAGAUGUUGAUGUGGACUUAGCUCUCGGCUUUGCCUCACAUUAUUGUAAAAUCGGUACAAUGAAGUGCCUAGUGGAAGAAGGUAAUGCCAUUGCCUUCUUGGGUCCCUUGAUGAGAGCAGCAGAGAGAGGUUGCAUGCAGGUUGUUCAAUGGUUUGUGAAAAGAGGUUGCCGUGACAUGGAGCUGUGCUUGGCACUAACAGCCGCCACUUCAAGUUGCCAAGUGGAGGUCGCUGCUUAUCUGCUCCCACGAGUUCCACCACCUGUCCUAACCGCUCUCAGCAUAGAAAUCCUCAAAGCAGCUGGAGAAAGAAGCGGAGGGUCUCUCCAAGGAGUAGAGUUUCUGCUCAAAUCAGACUUCUUAGGAGAUUCCACGGCUACAUACUCAGUCGCAGACAGCAUUGCGAGGGCAUCAGAAGACGAAUCCGUUCCUUCAGAUCUAAAAUCAUUUCUCCAAGAGCACUGGUCUGAAUCAGCUUUUGAGAAAGGAAUGAGAGAAAGUCAUGAAGAUUUCAUGAAUUUCAUGAGAGUUUUGAAAAGAGGGGAGUCGGAGAUAUCAAUAAGGGAUCUUCCUGCGCCGCUGAGAGUAGCGAUAGCCUACAUGCCGCUGUACAGAGAGUGCGUGAAGGCAGAUGGGCGUUUACUGUCUCAGAGGUUAAGAGGACAGCUUGUGGAAGCUGUGAGACAGCUUCAAGGUUGUGGUGUUGCAGUAGUGGAAGUAAGCGAGACUCAUCACCUUAUGUCGGUUCUGGAGCAUCACCUCACCGCCAUUUUCGGUUGAAACAAAUGGACUCUGCUUUUGGUGCUUACACUCCUCCUUCUCUAUGGAUAGUUUGACAAAUAAGAAAGGAAACAACAAAAUUUUACGAUUUUAACGGAUAUAUGGGAUAUCGGGUUUGAGAUGAUGAUCAAGUGAGAGUGAGGGGUUUCUUAUUUCUUGUAUAAUUUCUACUUUAAUCAUUUGUCUCUAUUUCCCCAUUCUCUCCAUUUCCCUUAUUAUUGCGUUGUUCGUUUUUUUUA